AUGUUCCUCUACCAGCUGCUCAACUUUUUCUUCGCCGCUUCCAAAAAGGAGGAGGAGGAAGACUCCAAAUAUGACCUGUCACUUUUCAAGCGUGGGGAUCUGUUAGAAGUUCCCAGGACGUUAUUCACACACUUUGGCAUAUACCUGGGCGACAACCGCGUGGCUCAUCUCAUUCCAGACAUCCUGCCUGUAAUGACCAGGGAUAGAAAUGCUAUCGCCAAAAUGGUAACGAAUAACCGCCUCCUGCUGGGGGUUAUCACCAAGACCGCCAGUGUCAGAGUGGACUCUGUGGCAGAUUUCGCCUACGGCUCAGAGAUUGUCAUCAACCACAUGGACAAAGUGUGCAGCCAGCCUCCGCUAGAUGGGGACGAGGUGGCGCGAAGGGCAGAGAAACUCCUGGGCUCUGUCACCUACAGUUUACUGUGGUACAACUGCGAACACUACGUCAUGUACUGCAGAUACGGCAUGGCUAUCAGCUACCAGACAUACCAGUUCUGCACAACGGUGAGGAAGAUUGUCUGCAGUAGGAUGAGCGCCUAUCUGAGCACACUAUGUGGUGUGGGAACUAUGUUGUAUCUGGGCUGUGUGACACCACUGACACUUUUACCAACCCUGCUCAUCUCAUUCACCAUCUGGAUGGCGGCCUAAAGGCCUCGUGAGUAAAGACGAGUGGUGCGACUCACUACACAGGGAAAUGUUUGUUUUACAUUCUUUCGUCAGUUGUAUACUUGUUUUUUAAUAUA